AUGGCGUUCUCCCGAAUGAGCUUUAUGGACGCUCUCCGAGUCGCCUCGAAGACCAAGGAUGCGCCGUCAGCUUGGCUCCCGAGCCGCCAAUGGCCGGCAGAACUGACGGACCCUGCCUUUUCGCCGACCGUCAAGAAACGGAAGCCGUGCACGUUUGAACCGUACGAGCCGCCGCAUCUCGCGUCUCUCUCGGCUCCCGACGCCGCGGUGCCAGUCGUUUCAUCGCCGUCGUGUUCCGUUUCAUCUACGAAGCUGCUCGUGAUGCCGAGCGGGCCGUUCCGUAUCGACUCGCCUGCGCACGGCUCCUAUCGUGAAACAACCUCUCAAACGCUCGAAGUUGAAUCGGAUCCUCCGCUCCUUCGCGCUAUGUCGACUCCGGCACAACCGUCCCGUGGCAGUGCACUCCGUGAUGUCUCCCCGCUUCGAUUGGCCGAGCCGCCGCUGCUACGAACGUCCACGUGUCGUGCCGCCGCAAGGAGCUCGCUUUCGCGAGUUUUGCCGAACCGUAAUGGUGAACUCGCUACAUCCUCCUCUGAGCCCCUUUUGGCUUCUGACAGCGAGCUUCCGAAAACGUCGUCGUCGCAUCAGCUGACUGGCCAGGCCAUUUUCCAACACAGCAGAGCGAAACGUGAGUUUGCUUCGUGUAACGACGUUACCAGCACCUGUCUGUUUGGUUCGGGCUUGGGAUGGGUGAAUCCCUCGGCGCUCGCGUCGUCAUUGCGCGGCGAAAAAGCUGGGCGCUCGGUGGCUGACUUGAUGGAUCCAGGGCGCGCGCUGGUGCCAGAGCUGGGGAAAGCUGUGCGACUUUUGCGAAAAAAAUUGUCGCAGGAGCGACAACAUCAGCAGCAGAAAACCCCAGUUCCGCUACCUAGCACGGCGACAGGAGAACAGCGGAAGCAGAUCUCGCAACCGUCGCAAGCGCUUUGUGGGCAAUCGCAGGAAUCGUCUCAGACAUUGCCCGCGGAAGACCCACCGUCUUCUGCUGCGGGCCCAGCGGGGGGAAAUCACAGCCGAGAAUUCAGCCUGCCCGAGAUUCUGCACUGGGAGGAGGAAGUUUUUGCGAAGGGGGUCAAGCAGCAAUCUGAAGGGACCUCGGGUAUGAAAUCUUCCAGCAAAAUCUCAGCUUGCGCGGGUGAUAGUGUGGGGGAGGUGGGAGCAGCACAGUGCGGGGAUGCGCAACCAGCCCGCGCGGUUGCGGAAGGGUUGGGCGGAGAAGUGCGCGACGAAGAUAAGCUGUGCAUUCACGAGCUUCUGGGGCAAAUCACAGGCGAGUACGAAGGUGGCGCAGCGGGAGCUGCGAAGGCGGAAACGGCGGAGCGCUGGGGUACCAACCAAUGGGACCGGUUCUUUCCUGCCGAGCCAACCACUCCUUCAGGCAUGGGACCUACUGCUGCAUCCGUGGCUUGUGCUGGAGGCAGUGGUCCUGGAGGCAGUGGUGCCGGUGGUUCUGAUGGCAGUGGCGGUCAUGGUGGUAAUGGAGGCCGGUUUGCCUCUCUGUGGUCAGAGGCAUGGACAGAGGGUUUCAAUGUGGAUCUUUCUGGUUUGACAGCUAACCCUGCAUUGUGCAUCUCGCUCGAGCACAAAGGAAGUAGCAUGGCUCGCUUUUCUGUGUUCUUGACUCUCGCGGCUCUCGUGGCUUUCAUCCUCGCGCUUUCCUAUUGCUCGCCUGCAGACUGCCGGCUGGAUAUUCCAUUGAGAGGUGCUGUGGCGAAGACGCUGACUCAGUCUACGUUCCCGCGGACAACCGGCGCAAUGAGGCGGCUGCUUGAUGAGGACAACGAUGACGAUGAUGAUGACGAUGACGAUGACGAUGACGAUGACGGCGAGCAUCAUGACAAUGACGACAAAGAUCACGACCACCACAACGACAGUAAAGACAAGCAUGAUGGCGAUAACGACAAGCAUGACAACGAUAACGACCAUGACGAUCAUGAGGGCGACGAUCAUGAGGGCGACGAUCAUGAGGGCGACAAGGAGGAUGGGCAUGACAAGCACAGCGAUUCCAGCCACAGUGGCAAUAACGGCAAGGAUCUCAGUAAAUGCGUGGAGGAGUAUAAGCGUGCCGUGCAGUGGUGCAUGGUGAAACCCAUGAAGGACGAGUGUGAUAAGGAGGCUUAUAAGGCGUACAAGGCGUGCAAGGGCGAAAACUGA